GCAUAUACCAUUCCCUCUAGCAACCAUUUAUUCAUGAAAAUAGAACCCCAUUUUCCCUUAUUCCUUUUUCUGUUUUCAGCUCCUCUUUUUACCCUCUAAUUCUAAAUUGCAUGCAAACACAACCUUCCAUUAAUAUUAUUAUUUCUACAAUAAGCAAGCACACCUUGAUUCAGCCAACUCAUGGCUUCAAACUCCCACACCAAUAACAAAGAAAAAUCUUCUUCUUGGACACGCAUUCAGAACAAGCAAUUCGAAAGAGCACUUGCUUUGUAUGACAAAGACACACCAGAUCGAUGGAAAAACAUAGCCAAAGUAGUUGGUGAUAAAUCAGCUGAAGAAGUGAAGAGACACUAUGAAAUCCUUUUGGAGGACCUUAAGCAUAUAGAAUCUGGACAUGUUCCAAUUCCCAGCUAUAAUUCCACACAUAAUAAUGAUUCAUGGACAAAAGAGGCCUCUCAAAUACCUUAAUCAGCAUUGAAGUGGCUGAACCAACUCGUGUCUCUUUAGCCACUUGCGGUCGGAACAACACAUAAAUGCAAGACUAAACACUCUCCUACUUUCCUUGUCCAUCUAAUUCCAUUAUGUCCAUCAAACUUUUACCAAUUUACUUCUCUCUUCUGCCUUGCAUUUCUCUCCCAAAGCUAACAUUCGUUACCUUCAAAAAAAGGAGCAAGUUUUGGAAGCUUUGAAGUAGCAGCAAUGUUAUAUGCUUAAGAUUAAUUAAUUCAUGUUGAUAUAUUUUGUUUUUUGAUAAACAAGUUGUCAAGACUGCUCAUUUAUAUCAAUGAUGAAAACUUGCGCCAAUAAUUGAAACC